CGGAGGGCGCAGUGGCUGUGCUGGUGGUGGGCGCUGCUUUGCAGCUGCUGCGUGCCCCAGCUGCUGCGGCCCCUCCUGCCCGCCGCCGCGGCCGCCGGGGGCGCGCUGUUAGGGGACGGCGGUGGCCGGAGUCCCGGCCGCGCGGAGCAGUCGCCGCAGCCGCCGCCUUCCUCCUCCUCCGGCUUCCUCUACCGGCGCCUUAAGACGCACGAGAAGCGGGAAAUGCAGAAGGAGAUCCUCUCGGUGCUGGGACUUCCGCAUCGGCCCCGGCCCCUGCACGGCCUCCCGCAGCCCCCGGCGCCCCAGCAUCAGCCUCGUGGAGAGCUCCCGCCCGGGCGGCUGAAGUCUGCACCCCUCUUCAUGCUGGAUCUGUACAACGCCCUGUCCGCUGCCGACGACGACGAGGGGACGUCCCCGGAGGAGAGGCAGCGAGCCCGGCCCCGGGGGGCAGGCACCACCCCGCAGUUCCCGCAGCCACCCCCCGGGGCCGCGCACCCGGUCAGCGGCAAAAGCCUAGUGGCUCCGGGAUCCGGCAGCAGCGGCACAUAUUCUCUGACCAGCGCGCAGGACAGCGCCUUUCUGAACGACGCGGACAUGGUCAUGAGCUUUGUGAACCUGGUGGAGUACGACAAGGAGUUCUCCCCUCGCCAGCGACACCACAAAGAGUUCAAGUUCAACUUAUCCCAGAUCCCUGAGGGUGAGGCGGUGACGGCUGCAGAAUUCCGAAUCUACAAGGACUGUGUUGUGGGGAGUUUUAAAAACCAAACUUUUCUUAUCAGCAUUUACCAAGUCUUACAGGAGCAUCAGCACAGGGACUCUGACCUAUUUUUGUUGGACACACGUGUUGUGUGGGCCUCAGAGGAAGGCUGGCUGGAAUUUGACAUCACGGCCACGAGUAAUCUGUGGGUCGUGACCCCACAGCAUAACAUGGGGCUUCAGCUGAGUGUGGUGACAAGGGAUGGUCUCAGCAUCAGCCCAAGAGCAGCCGGCCUGGUGGGCAGAGAUGGCCCAUACGACAAGCAGCCUUUCAUGGUGGCCUUCUUCAAAGUCAGUGAAGUUCACAUCCGCACCACCCGGUCAGCCUCCAGUCGGCGCCGCCAGCAGAGUCGCAACCGCUCUACCCAGUCCCAGGAUGUGUCCCGGGUUUCCAGUGCCUCAGAUUACAACAGCAGUGAAUUAAAAACAGCCUGCAGAAAGCAUGAGCUCUACGUAAGCUUCCAAGACCUAGGAUGGCAGGACUGGAUAAUCGCACCCAAGGGCUAUGCUGCCAAUUACUGUGAUGGAGAAUGUUCCUUCCCCCUCAAUGCACACAUGAACGCAACGAAUCAUGCCAUCGUGCAGACCCUGGUCCACCUUAUGAAUCCUGAGUAUGUCCCCAAACCGUGCUGCGCACCAACUAAACUAAAUGCCAUCUCGGUUCUCUACUUUGAUGACAACUCCAAUGUCAUUCUGAAAAAAUACAGGAACAUGGUUGUAAGAGCUUGUGGAUGCCACUGACUUGAAGUUAGUUACUAGGGACACACAAAUUCUGCCUAGGAUCCCUGGAUUAUAUCGGCCUUAAAAACAUACAGGA